AGCUGACGUCACUACUUCCGCAUCAACUUGUGCGAACAUGGACGUAGCGGUAGAAAUUGACCACGAAAAUGGGUUUAAUGGCGAAAGCGGUGCAGCCAAAGUUCAAGAGCGAAUCCAGAAACGGAAUCAGGCCAGGUUAGAGGAUGUUGAGCGGAGGAAGGAAACCAAACAGAGUCAGUCUGUCGCGGGAGAAAAGGGCGAGUAUUUUUCCAGAACCUUUAAUGAGGAGCGGGCAUCUAUCGAAGAGUUGCUGUCCAGUUGCUCCGGAGCUGACCGGGCUGUGGCGACCAAGAAGCUGGAGGAGGCAACGGCCAAAACGUUGAUGCUGCAGAAGUUUCUAAAUGACAGCAUGCAGUUUUUAACUCAGUAUAAACUAAGGCAAGCCCAAGCUGCCCUCCAGAAGCUCCACACAUCCCUCACUGAGACCAGAGAGGAGGCUCUUCCUAAGAAGAAAUUUGCCUUUCGAGCUCGCACCAAAGGAGCAGAAAAAGUCCCUGCACAAGUGGCAGACACACCUCCAGAUUCAAGUAUUUCUAAGGUGGAUGGAGCUCCGGCCUCAGAGCAGUGUGGCUUCUCCCAUAUGAACAGUCAGUUUUUAACUAAGACAGCUGAGGAAAUCCAAAAUCGAGAUGUGCUUUUGACUCAUCUGACCAACUGCAAAGUCCGUCUGUUUGGGUCUCCCAGCACCUUGCACUUAAAACACAUCGACAACUGCGAGAUCCUGUGUGGACCAGUAUCUACAUCUGUAUUCAUAGAUCAUUGCAGGAACAGUACACUGGCCUUCCCAUGUCAGCAGAUGCGGACCCACAACACCACUGACACUCAGGUGUAUGUGCACGUCACCAGCCGGGCCAUCAUUGAAGACUGCAGUGGAGUGAGCUUCGCCCCAUUCUCCUGGUCUUAUCCCACCUUGGAGGAGGACUUCUCGGUGUCUGGCCUAGACCGAAACAGAAACAACUGGAGUCAAGUGGAUGACUUCAACUGGCUUGCAGCAGGAACACCGUCUCCGAACUGGACUCUCAUUCCAGAGGAAGAUAGAAAAACCACCUGGGACCCAUAGAAUUAAACAUUUAAAGCUAUUGGAUCUCAAAUUUGCAUGGCAGUUGAAGAAUUACAUGAUCUGCAUUCAGGCUAAAGCAUGUUUAACAUGUUUUCUUUAAAAAAAAAGUUUUGAAGUUUGGAGCUGCACUAAUUAAACAAAAAUCCCUUAAACUUAUUGUCCAAAAUCACAUUUGGGCAGUAUUUAAGAAGUUCUUUCACCUCUUAGCCAAAUUGGAGUUUUGAUUUACAGUAGUUAAAGUUUAAAGGCAAAUUUGAGUAAUUUAAAUAAAGGUGACAUUUUUAUUUAUAGUUGUAAAAUAACCUGCUGUGCCUAUACAUACUUGAAAAUACAAUUAAAUAAAUUGUAUUUGCUAUGA